CGACCGCUUCGUCUCUACAUUGGCGACUUCGAGACACAACAAUGUCCAGAGAGAGACACAAAGAGAAAACGGACAAGGCCAAUGCUGAGGACGAGGCCUCUAAGAACAGAGGACAAACUCCAAACUCCAAACUGCCUGCUCUGACCUUUGACGAAUAUCAGUGCUCAGGCGAUGUGGAGACUGACUUCCCGGGUCUUUGUGCUCUUUUGGACAUAAAGGAUAUCCCAACGGUCAUCACCAGGCAACCAGCCCCAUCCACCACUGAAACUGAAGGAGAGAACAGCCGAAAGUUAAAUGCUGCAGCAUUCUGGUCUACGCCAUGUCUCCAAGUGGAACUGGAGAAUGAAGAUCCCCUCAGCGCCAAGAAACUGAAGAUUUUGGGGUGGAAGGUAGAUGAGCAGAUUGCCAGAGUGAUACAGAAGAUGUGUCCCUCCUUGAGCAAGCUACAGAGCCUUCAGUGUUGGCAGGCAGGACUGACGGAUCGGAUGGUCGUCUCCCUCAUGGACACGGUAUCACGGUGCUCCAACCUCAGAGCUGUGACCCUGGAGGGCAACCAUCUUCCAGAGCGGAGCUACCACCUUCUUCUCUCUGAAGACAGCGCCCUCACCCACGUGUCCCUACGAAAUAACCGGAUGGGAGACGAGGGCGCUCAACUAAUCGGGUCGGCGCUCUCAACGACCAGAUCUGCCAACAAGAACCUCUUGUCCCUCAAUCUGGCGUUCAAUUCUAUUGGCGAUGCCGGUGCGACACAUAUCGCACAGGGCCUGCGGUUCAACCGCGGUUUGCUCGUUCUCUCACUGUGCAACAAUCAUAUUGGAGACUCAGGAGCUGCUCAUCUGGCUGCGAUUCUUGGCGAGUUUGCUCUCACUCAUGAAGAAGUUGUGGAGAGGAGAAAGAUGCUUCUGGAAAGAACACAUUCUGGUGAUUCUGAGCAGCCUGCUGACCGACUUCCCUCAGUAGCCAGGAGCAGUUCACUGAACAAAGGCAGAAAAAGGGAAACAUCCAAGAAAGAUGAGAAACCAGCUGCAAACAAAGAAAAGUCCCACAAAAGAUCUUCUGAUAUAAAGACUCAAAGUAAAGGUGGCAAGCACGGGGGCCAAGAGAAACUUCUAAAUGCACAAGAGGUACCAGAGACACGCUUUCUGAAAAAGUACAAGGAUAAAUCGAGCACCGCUCUGACCGAGCAGGGGGAGUCGGUGGAGAUAUUGAACCCCCUGCUGGACCAGCCGGUGCAGUACAGGGAUGGGGAGCUAUUUCUGCCUGGAAACAGGACUCUGGUCUCCCUCGACUUGGCAGGAAAUAGAAUUACAACGAAGUCGCUGCCUCUUUUCCUGACAUCACUCGAGAUGCAGGGGGAGGGAGGAGGCCUGCUGCGUCUCUGUCUGCAGAGAAACCGCUUCCCACCAGAUUGUGAGUAUUUUGUGAAGAUAACGGAACAGAUGACACUCAGAGACCCACUAAAACAGAACAGCUAAUGACAAACAGAAGAGGAGGAACAGAGGGGUCGUACUAGUGCUGCGAGAACUAAUCUAAUUCUACAAACUGUAUACUUUUAAUUUGCUCUAACAUUAAAGAGAUACACAUUUAUUGUGCCCUCUGUUGUGCUUUUGUAACGCAUGAGAAGAACAAAUGGAAGUAUUAAACAGCCUUGUGGUCCAUAAAAAGGACGUGACUGAACAGGAGGACAAUGUGGCACAUUACAUUCCAGAUGCUUUGCCCAGGAUAGCUAAUUAUAACCAUGGUUACGGAUCCGUUUCACUGCUUUUUUUACUCACAGUCAGAAUUUACUUCAAGGACAAAGACUGAACAGCUGGAUACCAGGUACCAAGUAUGAACCAUUGCUAUGAUGUCUUACAGUUGUCAGCCAGUGUGACAGGUACUUGCUUUGUAUCUGGUUCCACCCAGAUCUGGUAUUAUUCUACCAAGAUCUAAUCCCAUUCUACCCCGAUGUGGUCUGGUUCUGAUAUGGUUAUAAUCUACAAAGAUCUGCAUUAUUACAAAGAUGUGUUCUGUUGCUAGACAGACGCAGACCUUAGUUUAUCCAGAUGUAGUCUGGUUCUACAUCUGGUUCUAUUCUACCAUGAUAUGGACUGGUUCCACCCAGAUGUGGUCGCGUUCCAUCCAGAUCUAUUAUAUUUCUUGCUUUUUGACUGUUUUUAAUGUUUUAAUGAAUGUUCUUAUUGUGUUUUGAUGCUUUUAAUGGUUUUAUGUGAAACACUUUGAAUUGCCUUGUUGAAAUGUGCUCUACAAAUAAACUUUCCUUGCCUUGCC